UGCGAGUUGCAAGCAAAUGUCAGAUGCCCAGGAAGGUCCAGAAUAUUAAGAAUGGCUUUCUCAGACGCCACUCGGUCGGACGCAGAGGAGCCCUUUAUCCUGAAAGCGAGCAAAAUCGCUGCGGUUGUCGCUCUUUAUUGGUUCAUCUCGAUUUCCAUGGUUUUCCUGAACAACUACCUGCUAGACAGCAAGGAGCUGGACGCGCCUGUCUUCAUCACAUUCUUCCAGUGUGUUGUUAGCGUCGGGCUGUGCUGGAUCUUGCACUUUCUCUCGAAGUUAUGCCCAGGGUUCGUGGAUUUCCCGUCUUUGAAAUUUGAUUUCAGAGUGUCCAGAGAGGUUUUGCCGCUGACCGUCGUGUUCAUCGGCAUGAUCACCUUCAACAACUUGUGCCUGAAAUAUGUGGGAGUUGCCUUCUACACCGUGGGCCGCUCGCUUUCCACCGUGUUUAACGUGCUGCUGUCCUACGCGGUUCUGAAGCAGACCACGUCCUUCUACGCGGUGCUGUGCUGCGGAGUCAUUCUAGGUGGAUUCUGGCUGGGUGUGGACCAGGAAUCUGUGGCAGGUUCACUUUCUUGGACGGGCGUCGUUUUCGGCGUAAUUGCCAGCCUUUGUGUAUCUCUCAAUGCCAUCUACACAAAAAAAGUGUUGCCGGUGGUGGAUGGAAAUAUCUGGAAGCUCUCCUACUACAACAACCUCAAUGCCAGUGUACUUUUUAUUCCACUUAUUGUCGUUUCAGGCGAACUGAAAAACUUGUUGGAGUUUAACCGACUGACACACUUACAUUUUUGGGGCAUGAUGAUUUUGGGUGGAGUCUUUGGCUUUGCCAUUGGUUACGUGACGGGACUUCAGAUCAAAUUCACCAGUCCCUAUCACAAGACCCGACCAAGACCAGGUUAUGCAAAUAUUGCUGUUUCAUCCUACUAUCAGCGAAUCAUACCUCAGGCAUACUUUAAGACAAGAUGGACCAAGUAA